AUGUCUGAAGUAGCUGACGACACUUUCCCCAGCCCCUCGGCUCAGCUGAGCCCUGAUGUGUCCCUUGACGGGCUCCCGGCUGAGGAGAACAUGCCGGGGACCCAAAGAGAGGACAGGAGGGUCCAGGGGAUAGCAGGCCUUGCCGCGACCUGCUGUGUGUGCCUGGAGGCAGAGCGACUGAAGGGCUGCCUCAACUCUGAAAAGAUCUGCAUUGCUCCUAUCCUGGCGUGCCUGCUCAGCCUUUGCCUCUGCAUUGCUGGCCUCAAGUGGGUCUUUGUGGACAAGAUUUUUGAGUAUGACUCUCCUACCCACCUUGACCCUGGGAGGAUAGGACAAGACCCAAAGAGCGCUGUGGAUCCUACAGCUCUGUCUGCCUGGGUGCCUUCGGAGGUAUAUGCCUCAUCCUUCCCCGUACCUAGCCCCAAGAGCAAGGCUGAAGUGACAGUGCAAAGUGACAGCUCGCUUGUGCCCUCCAAACCAUUCCUCCAGCCCUCCCUGUAUAACCGUAUCCUAGAUGUCGGGUUGUUGUCCUCUGCCGCACCUUCGUUGUCACCACCCACCCUGGAGCCUACCACAGCGUCUCAGGCACAAGCAACAGAAACCAAUCUCCAAACUGCUCCAAAACUUUCCACCUCCACAUCUACAACUGGGACAAGUCAUCUCACAAAAUGUGACAUAAAGCAGAAAGCCUUCUGUGUAAAUGGGGGAGAGUGUUACAUGGUUAAAGAUCUCCCAAACCCCCCGAGAUACCUGUGCAGGUGCCAACCUGGAUUCACUGGAGCAAGAUGUACUGAAACUCUGCCCAUGAAAAUCCAAUACCAAGAAAAGCAUCUUGGGAUUGAAUUUAUGGAAGCUGAGGAACUGUACCAGAAACGGGUGCUGACCAUAACUGGCAUUUGCAUUGCACUUCUAGUAGUUGGCAUCAUGUGUGUGGUGGCCUACUGCAAAACCAAGAAGCAGAGGAAAAAACUGCACGACCGCCUUCGGCAGAGCCUGCGCUCAGAAAGGAACAACAUGAUGAACAUGGCCAACGGGCCACACCACCCCAACCCACCGCCAGAUAACAUCCAGCUGGUGAAUCAGUAUGUUUCAAAGAACAUAAUCUCCAGUGAGCAUGUCAUUGAGAAAGAAACAGAGACCUCAUUUUCUACGAGCCACUACACCUCAACAACACAUCACUCCGUGACAGUCACCCAGACACCCAGCCACAGUUGGAGUAAUGGCCACACCGAAAGCAUCCUCUCUGAAAGCCACUCUGUACUUGUCAGCUCCUCAAUGGAAAACAGCAGACACACUAGCCCAGUGGGGCCCCGGAGCCGCCUCAAUGGCAUUGGUGGGCCACGGGAAGGCAACAUUUUCCUCUGGCAUGCAAGAGAGACCCCUGACUCCUACCGAGACUCUCCUCACAGUGAAAGGUAUGUCUCAGCUAUGACCACACCAGCUCGCAUGUCACCUGUAGAUUUCCACACUCCAAUUUCUCCCAACUCCUGCCCCUCCAAAAUGUCACCACCGGCUUCCACCUUGACCGUCUCCGUCCCUUCAGUGGCAGUGAGUCCCUUCACAGAAGAGGAGCGACCGCUGCUCUUGGUGACCCCACCGCGGCUGCAUGAGAAAUACGACCACCACCUUCAGCAGUUCAGUUCCUUCCACCACAACGCUGUCCAUGAGAGCAACAGCCUGCCACCAAGUCCUCUGAGAAUAGUGGAGGAUGAGGAGUAUGAGACUACACAGGAGUAUGAACCAGCACAGGAGCCUCAAAAGAAACUCACCAACAGUCGGAGGCUGAAAAGAACGAAGCCCAAUGGCCACAUUUCCAGUAGGGUAGGAGUGGACUCUGACACAAGCUCUGAGAAUAGUAGCUCUGAGACCGAAACCGAAGACGAAAGAGUAGGCGAGGAUACACCAUUCCUGAGCAUACUCAACCCCAUGGCAACCAGUCUGGAGCCAGCUGCUGCCUACCGGCUGGCUGACAGCAGGACUAACCCGGCCAAUCGCUUCUCCACUCCAGAAGAGUUGCAAGCAAGGUUGUCCAGUGUGAUAGCUAACCAAGACCCUAUUGCUGUAUAAAACACGAAACACAUAGAUUCACAUGUAAAACUUUAUUUUAUAUAAUGAAGUA